CCAACUUCCUGUAAUUCUAUACCUUUGGGUAAAAAUAUUAGUGGUCAGGCCCUGCUGGAGAACGCAUAGGCACCGUGAUUCACGGAGUUAAAUGUUCAUUUAGUAGAGCUGGGGUGAAGAAAACUGGGCUUGCGACGCUAGAAGCUUGUUACUCAUUCAUGCACACGGAGAAGGUAUAAUUGAAACAAGGUUGGCUGUGUUUGAGUCAGUGCGGCAGCUGAGCUCAGCUUAAAGGUCGCUGGAAAUCAAGUACUUUGUAAGUGAAGGCGUUUUGACUACCAGAGAUUCAAGACAUUUUGGAAACGUCAGUCCUGGGACUGCGGCCGUCUUUUUCUCUCAUGAUAUCUGGCGUUUCAUGUUUUCCUCCUGAAAUAGCAGUUUUAGGCACCACAAAUGGUUUUUUCUUUGGCUCAGGGCAGCUGCUGCCAGCGCGUCCUCGGAUUAGGGAUCUUUGUUAGGACUCUCGGCCCCUAACAUGUUGGGAAAUGAGAGCAAAUGGCACAACGCUUACGAUUGCACUUUGCAGCCAGGAGAAGCCACACUUACCCUUUGUCAGAACCCUGCGGAGAUGACGCGGACGGCCCGGCUCUCAUGUGCCUCCAGAGACCAGCCGGGCUCGCGAAGGUCGUUCAGAUGAAGCUGACCCCCAGACAGACUGCACCAGCCUCGUCGUCAUCCGCAAAGGAUAGUGUAACGUCUCAGCCCAGUGUCUCCGUUCCCUCGUCUGCAAACAGUCACAAGAAGAGCAGCUGCCUGCAGGUCUCCCUGCAGCCCGGGUUCGGCGGGUGCCCUCUGCCUGGCACCUCCCUGACUGAUGGGGACGAUGCUUCAGUGACCUGUGUGUUGAAGGACGGUGAGCUAAGCACUGUGAGUGGGGGCAGCCCCCUGGGCACUCCUGUCAUUCGUGCUGGUAGCCUUGGUAACUUCUCUGCCAGUGACCAUGGGUCUUACAGCAGCAAUGGCAGUGACCAUGGGUCAUGUGCAAGCAUUGCCAGUGGAGGGUCCUAUGCUAACAGUGUGCUCAGUGACAGUAGUGGUUAUACUUUUUCAUCAAGUGAUGACACUUUUUUUGGAGGACAUAUAUCUUCUGACAGCACCUCCAUUAGAGGUGUGGGUGUGUCAAACAGGAACACUACCCCCUGUGAGAUCUUGUCACGGAGUCCCAGUGCUAUCCCCUUUGUCCAGGAUGACUUGGAGCAAGGGGUAGAGAUGGUGAACUUGCCGAUGACCAGGAAUGGGAAGAUUCCCCUGAAACGCUGUUCAUCCUUAGUCAUCUUCCCUAGGAGUCCUUCCAGCACCCCGCCGACCUCCCCGACCAGCACCGGUGUGCUUCCCCCUGGCAGAGGACCCUACCAGACCUCACACCAGCUUAUGGUUUCCCCUAAUGACACCACUCAGCAUGAAGACGCUCCCAGCCCCAAGGGGUUUCUCUCCACGGCCGUCAGCGGUCUUCGGUUAUCUAGAGCGGCCUGCACUGCUGGAGAGGCCAGAGACAUACGGCCCCUCCAUGCAAAGAAGAAAAUUGUCAUUUCGAACCGUAAUCCGAAACAGAGUGUCUGUGAGCAGUCAUCCGAGGGCUACUCCUGUGUUUCUGUGCAGUUCACCCAGCAGAAAGCAGGCGCCUUGGAUUGUGAAGCAGGAAUCAGUGACUGCAAACGAGAAGCAAAGCUGAGCUCAGACUCACAGUGUCCCAGACCUGUGCAUCGAACACCCACCUGUGUGCCAGCCACCCCACAUGUGGAUCAUCAAAUACAGAUCAGCGGACAGUUGGAAAGACCAAAUCCACACAUAAGCAAAAGCCAUGCUGUUUUACAAAGAAGUAUUUCGUUGGGAGGAAGUUACCCAAGCAUUUCCUGUUCAUCUGGCCUAAAGCGUAGUUGUUCUAAGGGGGGACCAUCCCAACUGCUCAUAAAGUUUGCAUCUGGAAAUGAAGGGAAAAUUGACAGUCUGUCAGGGGAGAGCACCAGAGACUUCACAAAUGAAUCCUCUAAUGCUUGUAAGACAAGAGAUGAUUUCCUAGGUCAAGUGGAUGUCCCUCUUUAUCCUUUGCCGACAGAAAACCCGAGAAUGGAGAGACCAUAUACAUUUAAGGACUUUGUUCUUCAUCCGAGAAGUUACAAAUCAAGAGUGAAAGGUUAUCUAAGAUUAAAAAUGACUUACUUACCUAAAACCAGUGGCUCGGAAGAAGAUAACCCAGAGCAGGCUGAGGAACUAGAGCCCGGCUGGGUUGUUCUGGACCAGCCCGACGCUGCCUGCCCGCUGCAGCCGCCGCAGGAGGAGCCCUCUCCCCUUCCGCCAGGCUGGGAGGAGAGGCAGGAUGUGCUCGGGAGGACCUACUACGUAAACCACGAGUCUCGCAGAACACAAUGGAAAAGACCAACCCCACAGGAUGAUCUGACGGAUGCUGAGAACGGUAACAUUCAGCUGCAAGCACAGCGUGCCUUUACUACCAGAAGGCAGAUAUCUGAAGAUGCAGAGAGUGUGGAUAACCGAGAGUCGUCCGAGAGCUGGGAAAUUAUAAGAGAAGAUGAAGCCAUCACAUAUGGUAGUCAGACCUUCCCAUCACCUCCGUCAAGUAAUGUAGAUGCUCGGACUCAUCUUGCAGAAGACUUGACUGCCAGACUCAGCAUGUAUGGAAACCCAGCCCCCAGCCAGCCAGCGUCCACCUCACAUCACUCCAGCAGGAGAGGCAGCCUACAAGCCUACUCUGUUGAGGAGCAGCCUGCACUUCCUGUGCUUUUGCCUACAUCAUCUGGAUUGCCACCAGGUUGGGAAGAGAAACAAGAUGAACGAGGACGGUCCUACUAUGUAGAUCACAAUUCCAGAACUACCACCUGGACGAAGCCCACUGCCCAGGCCACAACAGAGACCAGUCAGCCGCCAUCACGGUCCGCAGGACCUCAGCCACAACCCCCUGGGGGUGAUCCUGCACAUCAGGUGACUCCGCCAUCUGAAAUGGAACAGGGAUUCCUUCCUAAAGGCUGGGAAGUCCGGCAUGCCCCAAAUGGAAGACCUUUUUUUAUUGACCACAAUACCAAGACCACCACCUGGGAAGAUCCAAGAUUGAAAAUCCCAGCCCAUCUGAGAGGAAAGACAUCACCAGAGUCUAUCGGGGACCUGGGGCCUUUGCCUCCAGGAUGGGAAGAAAGAACUCACACAGAUGGAAGAAUCUUCUACAUAAAUCACAAUAUAAAGAGAACGCAAUGGGAAGAUCCUCGGCUGCAGAAUGUAGCAAUUACUGGACCAGCAGUGCCCUACUCCAGGGAUUACAAAAGAAAGUAUGAAUUCUUCCGAAGAAAGUUGAAGAAGCAGAAUGACAUUCCAAACAAAUUUGAGAUGAAACUUCGCCGCGCAACUGUCCUGGAGGAUUCUUACCGGAGAAUCAUGGGUGUGAAGCGAGCCGACUUGCUCAAGGCCCGGCUCUGGAUCGAGUUUGAUGGAGAGAAGGGACUGGACUACGGGGGAGUCUCCCGGGAGUGGUUCUUCCUUCUCUCCAAGGAGAUGUUCAACCCUUACUACGGCCUGUUUGAGUACUCUGCAACAGAUAAUUACACCCUACAGAUAAACCCCAACUCUGGCUUGUGUAACGAAGAUCACCUGUCUUACUUCAAGUUCAUCGGUCGGGUGGCUGGGAUGGCGGUCUAUCAUGGCAAACUGUUGGAUGGUUUCUUCAUCCGCCCCUUUUACAAGAUGAUGUUACAGAAACUGAUAACGCUUCACGAUAUGGAAUCGGUGGACAGUGAGUAUUACAACUCUCUGAGAUGGAUUCUUGAAAAUGACCCAACCGAACUGGACCUCAGGUUCGUCAUAGAUGAGGAGCUUUUUGGACAGACACAUCAACAUGAAUUGAAAACUGGUGGGUCAGAAAUUGUGGUCACCAAUAAGAACAAAAAGGAAUACAUCUAUCUUGUAAUACAAUGGCGAUUUGUCAACCGAAUCCAGAAACAAAUGGCUGCUUUUAAAGAGGGGUUUUUUGAACUAAUACCACAGGAUCUCAUCAAAAUUUUCGAUGAAAAUGAACUAGAGCUUCUUAUGUGUGGGCUGGGAGAUGUGGAUGUGAGCGACUGGAGAGAACACACCAAGUACAAAAACGGCUACAGUGUAAAUCACCCCGUCAUCCAGUGGUUUUGGAAGGCUGUUUUGAUGAUGGAUUCAGAAAAAAGAAUAAGACUACUUCAGUUUGUUACUGGUACAUCCCGAGUGCCUAUGAAUGGAUUUGCUGAAUUAUAUGGCUCGAACGGACCACAGUCCUUCACGGUUGAACAGUGGGGCACCCCUGAGAAGCUGCCCAGAGCACAUACGUGCUUUAACCGCUUGGACUUGCCACCCUAUGAGUCAUUUGAAGAACUGUGGGAGAAGCUUCAGUUGGCGAUCGAAAACACUCAGGGUUUCGAUGGAGUUGAUUAGAGUACAGAUAACCACGUAGGGUGUCAAAGGACUGCAAAGCUUUGUAAGCCAAUUCUUGUCUUAAAACUUUCCAGGGAACUACCAAAACUUAGCCACUGGCACUUCCCAGAUAUUGGAGGAAAUCACUUAAAACAGUAGACGACAGAGUGUGACAGUUUCACCAUUGCGUUGGUCCCUUGGAAGUGCUGUGGUCAUACAGUGUUGUUUGGGUCCAUCUUUGGGGUCCACACGCUAGGAUGCCGGUCCUGUGCUCUGACAGGGCGCUGUCCUGGUCACGUGACCUCGGGUGCCCCACUCGCCCGCAGUUCUUCCAAAACUACUGAGAUGAAAACUGUGAAAUGUCCUAAGUGCCACGUGUGGAAAGUUUGGUGCUUUGUGAGACGGAAAACUGAAAUUUGGGGGGAAAAACGUGCAUAUUGAAUGAACUAAUACAUUUAAGGCUAUUUACUCUAUUUAUUAUUCUGUAGACUUGCCUCAUGCACCUUAACUGCCAAGAUCUCUGGGGAAGUGUUGGAAAGUGUGUUACCUAUAUUUUUGGUCAAUUGACUCACUUGAAAAAAAAAUUUACUUUUCUCAAAAAGUAAUUGUCACUUGUUAAUAUACUGCCUCACCGCACAGGCUGCUCCAUAAGACGUGGAAAAAUCCCUGUUUGCCAUGGGUGAGAAGUAUGAUGCCUUCCUCUUGCCUAACGACCCUUCUGCCCCACCUCAGUCAGAAGUGGCAGCCUCCACUGCUCCUGGCUCAGUGUGAUUAGAAUGCCUUCUUCCACCAUGAGAGCGAGACUCCACAAAGCAGCUCAGUGUGUAGACAUGCCUUCGUAGUCACUCUGCACACUUGCACAGUUACGUAGUAAAUAUGUGUUUACAGGAUUUCUCACGUUUACAGAUAAAGCUAAUUUCUGCAGUUGAGGUUUUAUAUUUUUAGUAUCACUUUAGUAUAAAAACCAAAUAAUUUGUUUAAAAAUAACCAAAGAGUAGUUAAGUGCAUAAUUUGUAUUAAAGAUUUGUUACCACAUUUCUUAUGCUUUGUAAAAAUACUGUUUACUAUAAAAACAAUGUUUUAUUAAGAAAUUAAAGACUCUUUAGACAGCAGCAUGCUACAGGUAGAAUGCUCCUAUAACCCACUGAUGUGCCUAAAUUUCGACCACAGCAAACACGGAUGUGCUAGGCCCUGGGGGUAACACUGUCUGUGGUAAUGGCAUCUAGCUGUGUCUCCAUCCUCAAGGAACCUGCAGGUGUAUAAAUGCAUUUGUGAACAGUUGAGAGAGUGAUGGGAAGAGGGAGAUGGCUCAGGUGUUACAGGCCUCUCCCAAGCCUGCUGACCAGGCUCGAUCCUCCCACCACCCGCCCCCCCUCUCACCCAAGGCUGGGCGCUGAGUGUUGUACACCUGUAAUCCCGGCGUAUCCAUCUGUGAUCCCAGCUUGCCUGUGGCGAUGGCAGGCAGAGCCAGGAGGAUCCAGAGGCUUGCUGGCCAGCCGCAGCAAUAACACCCGAAACUUUGUCUCAAAGAGGAAGGAAAGAACCCGGAGGUUGUUCUCUGACCGCCACACAUGUGCAGUGGUACUUGCGCACGCACGCACACACACCCACCACACACACACACUGGUGAGCAGAGGGCACCUGCGGAGUGGCAGUAUGCAGAGCUGUGUGUUCACCCCACGUUGGUAUGACCAUAUAAACAGUUUGUAUAAAAAAUUAAGCCUUUCUCAAGACAGUGUAAUUGUAUGUUCUAAACAUUCGUAAACACUGAUGAGGGCUCUGUGAGCCCUGUAAGAAGUACUUGCAGCCAUCGGCUAAGUGUGUUGGGAUGUACCGUUGCAGGCAGCAAUCGGCCCAUGGUAGAUUUCAAGUGACAGAAGAAAACAUGUUCUAAACACCACAUCCUCGGCUUGGAUGAGGGUCAGUGUGCCCUUCCUGUGCCCUCACCAGUGCCACCCAGCAUGCAGCAGGACCACCAAACAGCCUGGUUCACCCCUCUACCAGCUGUGUGAACCCACACAACUUGUUAAACCUCUGGGCUCUGGUUACUUCAUCUGUCACACCAUGGGGAGAUGAAAAAUGAGAAUGUGCCCAGUAAAGUGUUCAGUCAAAGAGGGUGCUUUACUAGACCUUAGAUCAUAUCAAACCAGGUUACCUGGCUACCCCCAAGCAGAGGACUUCAUCUGAAAACCAGAUGACUCAGAACACAUGGUGAAGGAACAUACCUGGUUUGAGUGCAUCUCUAGGAGUGUACACCAUUGUAGUCACAUGUGGAUCUUGCCAUCAGAAUUUGCUUCUUCCACGUCAGCAAAGUAAUAUUAAUAUGGGCCAAUGCAUUUUUGGAAAUGUCCUCAUUGCUUAAAACUCAAUGUGAACACUUUUUAUGAAAGCAGGAAUUUUUUUUUUUUUCUUUUUUGAGGUAGAGUCUCACCCUAGCCCAUGCUGACCUGGAGCUCACUCUAUAGUUCCAGGCUGGCCUCAAACUCACAGUGAUCCUCCUACCUCUGCCUCCCCUGGGACUAAAGGCAUGUGCCACCACACCUGGCACUUGGAAGUGGGACUUUAUAUGGCCAUUUAAAUAGCCUCAGAGCAUCAGAAAUCACCAAGCUUUCUUUUCAUCAGUCUGGUCUCAAGAUGUAAAGCCUUCCUCCUACCUACUCCCAUCAUACUCCAUCUUGUCUCUGGAUGUCUGGAAGGCACUUGUGUAGAGCCACACAGCCCCCAGCCCAAGCAGAAAAAUAUCUCCAAUGCAUCUUGCUGCAGGAGAGCCAGGAAGGUCAUUUUUAUAACGGACAAGCUAGUUAUCUCAAAAAGUAUUUUAGGCUGGGCAUGGUGGUGCACGCCUUUAAUCCCAGCACUUGGGAGGCAGAGGUAGGAGGAUUGCCAUGAGUUUGAGGCCAUCCUGAGACUCCAUAGUGAAUGCCAGGUCAGCCUGGGUACAGCAAGACCCUACCUCGAAAAAACAACAAAAGAGUAUUUCAGCCUACAUUUUCUGUAAUCAAAAAAAUUAAACAGACUCAAAAUUAUAAUACAAACAGUAUUUGUUUUAGGUUUUUAUUUAUAAUGCUGAAGUUAUUCCUUAUAACUAUCAAGUUAAACACAAUUUGCUUUGAAAUUGUUUUUUAAAAAAUCUAUGGUAAAUAUAUAUUCAGAUGAAUGUAUCAAAAUUUAUUGUGUACUUUAAAGUAUAAGAGUCAUUUUUAAAAAAUGCUGA